GAGUGUAGACAGCAUUGACGAUCAGUUCAAAAACGCAAGUUGCAGCGCGAGGUACAAAUUAAUUGGAAGCACACACAGUUACACACACACACAGGACUUACAACUCAAAGAAUCAACAUUUAAAAAUAUGAAUUCAUGGGUUUUGAUAUUUGCCAUGGCGGCAGUGAUGUUGGAGGCAGCUUUAACUAUGCCUGUGAACAUUGAUGCAACUGAGGAUGUUGCAUUGAGCGACGAUGAACUGCUUAAGCAGCUGGGUGGCAAGAGUGUGGAGGAGGAGUCCAACAGCGUAGAGCACAUGCGAAGACGUCGAGGAGCUCGUGAGGAUUCAAGUAGCAGCUCGGAAGAAGACAAUCAGGAUAAAGUGCCGAAGGACAAAGAGCGCGGCAGCUCAAACAGUGCAUCCUCAUCAUCGGAGGAGAAAACGACAAAGUCCGAAGUGAGUUCGUCUGUUCGUCGCAAGCGUGCGGUUCCAGAAUCCGGACCUGGACUGCUGGAUGGAGUGCUGACUGAAGCGGAGUUCAAGCUAGAUUCGGGUGAACUAGAUGAUGUGGAAUAUGCUAACGGCUGCGCCGAGGACGAGGAGCACGCGAAUAGGAUCGACAACGAAACCUUCGCAGAAUAGAGUUAAUUUAUAGCUUUAAUAAUUCUACUCCUAGCUAUAGUUAAUAAUAAAAUUUCGAGACAACAAAAAAAUA